GCGUUCGGCGUCGGCCCCUCAGAUGACCCCUCAAAUGGAGGUUGGAAAUCUUUUUAAAUACUAAUAAACAAAAUUAAAAAAAAAAAUAAAAAUCUGAGAGAAUUCGAAGGCAGAAGAAGCGGAAAGCGGCGCGUUGAAGAGAACGGGUAAAGAUGGGAGCUAUGGCGCCGCCGACUCACUGGACGCCUAAGGACGACCUUCUGCUAAAAAACUCCAUCGAGGAUGGCGCUUCUUUGGAAGCUCUGGAAAAAGGCGCGGUGCCAUUUUCUCAGCGUUACACGAUGCAGGAACUAACAGAUCGUUGGCAUUCUCUUCUCUACAAUGAUAUCAUUUCGAAGGAGGCGUCACUUCCCAUGGCCGAGAUUGAGAUUGCUACAAUCUUUAAUCCAUCAAGAAACAAGUCGGAAAGCUUGAAUGAGACAACGGGUUAUUCCAGGAAAAGAAAGAGCGAAAGCAUCCGGAAAAUUUACUACGCCAGGCGUAAAAGAAUCCGUAAUGAACCAUUUGACGUGAUGCACCUAAAUCCUCUUUCCGGGCCGAGUCAUUCGAUUCUUGGAGACAUUAACAAACUUCAAUCGGCGGAUUGCGGAAUCGGCAAUCCAAUUUCUAUUGAUUUGGGCAUUCAGAACCCGGACUUCGACCUCGGGCAUCAUUCUUUUUCUGAAUUUGGGAGAAAUGCGUCUGAAAGCCUAGCCUUUCCCUUCGAAGAAAAUCUCUCGCCUUUACAUGAUCAAAGUCAGGUUCCCGGAUUCGAUCAGUUGAAACAUUUGCCGCUUUCUAAUAUCUUUGAUUCAGAGGGUGUAGAUAAUAGAGAGAAUGCAUGUUUGGAAUUCGGAGACCAUUCGUUCGAUAGCUUCGGAUGUUCGUCGCCUCUGCCUCAAAUGCCGGGUUGGAAUACUUCCCCGGAUAUUCCUGUUACGGAUCUACCCUUUCAAAAUGAGAAUGUUUGUCUGGCUGGAGACACGUUUCUAUUGCCGCCAUGUGGUGUCGCGAAUGCUGACGAUCCUUGUACGAGCUCCAGCAUGAAAGCUCCACUCCCCUCCGACACCAUCAGCACUGAAGAUUAUUUUAACGAUCUGUCUGAUACGUUGUUCGCCCUUUCUAAUGAGGACGAGCUGAAGGAAUCCAUCGACAAGAAUUAUCUGGAUAGCCUGGGCUUGCUUUUAUUGAAUUCCCCGAACAGGGUCGAGUUGCCCGACGCCAAUUUAGACCCGCCCGUCGAAGGUGCGGCGGAAGAACAACAUUUUCCAUCGAGCGGUGUACAUUCCGCCGCACCAGAUGUUGAAGAGGUGCAAUAUGGCUACGAACCUGAAGUUCAAGCUCCCGAUGCUCUGGUGGCGUCUUCUGCAUCGAAUCAGAAAAAGCUUGGACCUGAAUAUCGCAACGGAGUUAUCUGUUGCGUGUUAAAUACCGAAGAUCCCGAGAUACCGAGUAACGAUGAUGUUUUUCUACCGUUCCGACGCCCCUCUCCGACGAGUCCCUCGGGUAUGCCAUGGAGAUUGCACGAUUCGAGGUAUUUCACAUCUUUUUCGCCGGAUAUUGUGAGCAGUCGGAAGGAAAAUGUUAGAUCUCAUGGGUUGGUAAACAACCAAAUUGCGUCGAGUAGAUCCAUCCGGGUGCCGGAACCUUCGCAACCAUCGGAUAUCGGCUUGAAAGGUUCGACGGGAAGUCAAGGUGUUAAGUUCGAGUUGCCUAAGAGUAAUGUCCAUCAUGCUGCCGUUAGAAAUUCGAGAAACCAUGAUCAUAUCAGCUCAGCAAAUGCAGCCGCAAACAAUGCAAUCGACGGAGCUUUACGGGACAUGGGACGAGGAAAAAGCGUUGAUUAUAAAUUUGGUGGCAAUUCUUGCUUCGACAAGUACAAACCUGUUUGCCCCGAUGCUCGCCCAGUCCUUCAAAAUGGGCCUAGCAGUAGCAGAAAUGUGAUGAAUAUCAAGCCGGAAAUUCUAAACGAUGAGCGGACGACAAAUAUGGACUCGACUUUGCAUGAUGCAGCAGUCGAAAAUGCAAUCGAUAAGCUGCUGAUGUCGGAUCCGGACGAGCAAUGGUCCGACUACGAUUUUGAUGUUCCUGAUUUCUCCGAUGUUGAAGCAAUGAUUCUGGAUAUGGACUUGCAACCCCCCGGCGAAUAUGCUUUAAGCUCCAACCCGGAUGUGAAGCGGUAUCAGCACGAGCAAACGAAGCGAACUAUCGUAAGGCUGGAGCAAUCUGCUAAUGCUUGCACGCAACGAGCCAUUACUUCACAGGGUGCUUUCGCCGUUCUGUACGGCCGUUACUCGAAAUACUUUAUAAAGAAAACGAAGGUUUUACUUGGCAGGGCGACUGAAGACACCGCUGUCGACAUCGACCUUGGAAGAGAGAAAAACGGCGGAAAAAUUUCUCGAAAACAGGCGAUCGUGAAGAUGGACGCUCGAGGAGAGUUUGAGCUGAAGAAUCUCGGGAGAUGCUCAAUUUUUGUGAACGGGAACGAAGUGCAUACGGGAGAGAGCGCCGGCCUUACUUCCAGCUGUCUUGUUCAGAUAAGGAAUUUGGCGUACGUGUUCGAGACGAACUGGGCGCUCGUUAAGCAAUACAAGAACAAUGUCGCACCGGAAGGGGAUGGCGGAGAGCUACCAGAUAUGAAACCGAAUCUGCCGAUGAGCUGAGCCGAGCCGAGCUGAGCAGGAAGAGAACUCGCCGAAGGUGGUGUUUUUUAACCUCGGCGGUUCCUUUUGUCGAUGAUCGGUAUGUGUUUUAUUUCGAUGUACAAGUUUGCCGUUUUCCGGAUACAAAAUUUAGGAUUAGAGUUUUCUUCGACAUUUGCCGCCGCCGUUGGAUUAUGCUCGUCCGACCGGCGUCGCCCGGCCGGUUUUCUUCUCUAGUUUUUAACCGGAAGGCUCGGUGAAGAUGACACUGUUUUGCUCUUUGCAUGUUUGCAUUUAUUAUUUCUUACAAAAUCUAUUAUUGAAU